UAUGAAAGUGUUGACGGAAACAGAGCUGUGCGCUUCCGCUGGAGCUAAGACCGUGGUUUAGCUGAUGUUUUUUCAAUGCGCUGGUUUGGCUUCGGUUUCAACGCGUUUGAACAGAUAUGUGUUCAUGGAAAAGUAACAGAAGACGCAGGAAGCGACGUUAAAGUGACCUGUCCAACCGAGCUAAAGAGUCAUGUGGAAACAAGUAGCUGUUGUCUGAAGAAACCCGGCGAGAUCAGGGCAAGCUGGAGCCGCAGAGCGUCUCUGCAUUUGGACGGAGACAGCUGUGUGUGCCUGGCUGGCUUUGUAACAGCCACCUCUGUUGAGUCCUGCGGUGUUUCAGGGCCAAAGACCUGUGGAUGUACAGAUGCUGUCAUCAGUGAAUACCACCUCACACUAACUUUCCCAGGAAGGGUCGAGGUCUGGGACAUCCAGAAGAAAGAGUCGACCCCAAAAUGGAGUAUGGAGAUCAACACCCAGUCUGAUCAUACUCUGAAGUUGCCAUUGGUUCCAGGGGGUUACAUAACCAAUAAACCUCCUUUUUAUCACUCCUUGUCACCAUGUUUGAAAGCCAAAAGUUUAGCCCUGGGAGCAGAACAUGCUCUUCUUCUCUGUGUCACAGGGGAUGUGUACACUUGGGGUUUAGGCAGUCAUGGUCAGUUGGGACAUGGAGGCUUGACCUCUGAGGAGGAACCCAGGGCAGUGGAGGCGCUCUGUGGGAUGCCAAUGAGCUCUGUAGCUACAGGAGGAUGGCACUCUGUGUGCAUCAGUGCUGGUGGUGACCUUUAUGUGUGGGGCUGGAAUGAGAGUGGUCAGCUCGGGCUACCAUCGCAGGGUGUUAGAAAAGCACUGCAGCAGAACCAACACACCCAACAAGGAAACUUGGGCCAAGAAGUCAAAUCUUCUGAGGAAGAAUUACAAGAGGUAGAAAAACUGAAGGAGUUCUUCAUAUCCAUCCAGGCGUUUCCAGCCUUGCUGGAUGUCACUCCGUCCUGUGAAAUUAAAGCAGUGAGUUGCGGCUCUCGGCACACAGCAGCUGUGACAACUACGGGUGACCUCUACACUUGGGGUUGGGGGGAAUAUGGCCAACUUGGACACCAGACAUUGAUGAGUUCAGAUGAGCCCCAGCGAGUGGAAUUCUUCAAGGAGCAACAGCUGCGUGUUGUUGAAGUGGUGUGUGGAACAUGGAACACAUUUGCUGCUGCCAUUAAAGAGGAAUUAUCUUGCUCUUAAAAUAAUGGAAUUCCUUCCUUACACAAUAAUCUCUUAUCUUUGGACAAUGCAAAAAGUUAAACUAUUACGACAUAAUACAUUAAAACAAAUGUAAAAGCAGCAUUGUUGUGUAUGUCUUUAAUUUUUUUAACAUAUUAAAAAGCAUU